AUGGCCUCUACUCUGCGAUUGAGCACUCGCGCCCUGCGCGCUGUGCCCUCCACUCCUCUGCGGUCCUCCGCCUUCACUGGCUUCCGCAACUACUCGACCGGCAAGACCCAGUCCCUCAAGGAGACCUUCGCCGCCAAGCUCCCCGGCGAGAUCGAGAAGAUCAAGAAGCUUCGCAAGGAGCACGGCAACAAGGUUGUCGGUGAGGUCACUCUCGACCAGGUGUAUGGCGGUGCCCGUGGCAUCAAGUCCCUCGUCUGGGAGGGUUCCGUCCUCGAUUCCGAGGAGGGUAUCCGCUUCCGCGGCAAGACCAUCCCCGAGUGCCAGGACGUCCUUCCCAAGGCGCCCGGUGGUCAGGAGCCCCUUCCCGAGGGUCUUUUCUGGCUCCUCUUGACCGGCGAGGUUCCCUCCGAGCAGCAGGUCCGCGACCUAUCUGCCGACUGGGCUGCCCGUUCCGAUGUUCCCAAGUUCGUCGAGGAGCUCAUCGACCGCUGCCCCAACGACCUCCACCCCAUGGCUCAGUUCUCUCUCGCCGUCACUGCUCUCGAGCACGAGUCCAACUUCGCCAAGGCCUAUGCCAAGGGCAUGAAGAAGACCGAGUACUGGGAGCACACCUUCGAGGACUCCAUGAACCUCAUCGCCAAGCUUCCCACCAUCGCCUCCAAGAUCUACCGCAAUGUCUACAAGGAUGGACGCGUUGCCGAAAUCCAGAAGGACAAGGACUACUCUUACAACUUGGCCAACCAGCUCGGCUUCGCUGACAACAAGGACUUCGUUGAGCUGAUGCGUCUUUACCUCACCAUCCACACUGACCACGAGGGUGGCAACGUGUCCGCCCAUACCACCCACUUGGUCGGUUCCGCUCUAAGCUCCCCUUACCUCUCCCUGGCUGCCGGUCUUAACGGUCUUGCUGGUCCUCUCCACGGAUUGGCCAACCAGGAAGUGCUCGUCUGGCUCCAGAAGAUGAAGAAGGCUAUCGGCAACGACAUCUCCGACGAGUCGAUCAAGGACUACCUCUGGUCUACCCUCAAGGCCGGCCAGGUCGUCCCCGGAUACGGCCACGCUGUCCUCCGCAAGACCGACCCCCGCUACGUCUCACAGCGCGAGUUCGCCCAGAAGCACCUGCCCGACGACCCCAUGUUCAAGCUCGUCAGCCAGGUCUACAAGAUCGCCCCUGGCGUCCUCACCGAGCACGGCAAGACCAAGAACCCCUACCCCAACGUCGACGCUCACUCCGGUGUCCUCCUCCAGUACUACGGCCUCACCGAGCAGAGCUACUACACCGUCCUCUUCGGUGUGUCCCGCGCUCUUGGUGUCCUUCCCCAGCUCAUUAUCGACCGUGCCGUCGGCGCCCCUAUCGAGCGCCCCAAGUCCUUCAGCACUGAGGCCUAUGCCAAGCUCGUUGGCGCUACCUUGUAA